AUGAAAGCAGAGCAUGACUGCAAUGGAAGCAGCAUCCGGACCACUGAACAGGAGGCAGAGGAGAGGGGAAGAAUUAAAAUUCUGACGCCAGAGUUCAGUAACGAGAGCGGGAAAGUGGCACCAUGCGAACCCACUGCUGGGGAAAAUAAUUCUGAGAAGAGGGAGAGAUGGGAGUACAAAGUUGUUGGGCAAUGCCUUCCUACUCCUAAAUGUCCAACACCACCCCUCUAUCGGAUGCCUGUCUUUGCUCCUAAUCAUGUUGUUGCCAAGUCCCGUUUCUGGUACUUUGUGUCUCAGCUGAAGAAGGUGAAGAAGUCUUCUGGAGAAAUUGUGUACUGUAGACAGGUAUUUGAAAAGUCCCCUUUCUGGGUGAAAAACUUUGGUAUCUGGCUACGCUAUGAUUCUCGUAGUGGACCCCCCAACAUGUACAGGGAAUCCAGGGACUUGACAACUGCUGGUGCUGUUACACAGUGCUGCCGUGAUAUGGGUGCCUGCCAUCGUGCCCAUGCUCACUCUAUUCAGAUCAUGAAGGUUGAGGAGAUUGCUGCUAGCAAGUGCCGUAGACCUGCAGUCAAGCAAUUCCAUGAUUCGACAAUCAAGUUCUCUCUGCCACACAGAGUUCUGCGUCGUCAGCACAAACCACAUUUCACCACCAAGCGAUCAAAUACAUUCUUCUAAAUGCAAGAACCUUCUGUUUACUCUGUGUUACAAUAAAAUUCUUAUUGGAAAAAAA